CGCGACAAAUAUACCGAGUACCUACUUUCUCUAGUUCCUUCGAUCGCUUGUUCAGAGCAGACAGCACUCGACAACUUAAACAAUUCUAAAGAGGAUGUGGCCGCCACUCGUCUUCUAUUUCAAGGUGACAAUCACCUGGAAGCUAUCGACCCCAACAACUUAAGUAUCGGAUGGAAAGUCUGGAUGAGCUUGAUGAAUUUCCUCCUAAAACCCGAAAAGAGCCUUGAUAGAAAAGUAAUCUGUGAUUGCUUUAAGGUAAAAUUCUUUUCCAGCACAUUCUGGAUUACCUGGUCUUCUACAUUUGGUUUCUGCCCCUGGUCUAGCGCUAUUGAAUUCCGUCGAUGCUUGCAGAGAUUCUUUCGCAAUCGACGACGUCAUAAUAAAUCAAGUCCUCCUGAUCGUUUUAUUUGCGACCCGCAAGAAGAUAUUAUUUUGCCAGUAACCCGUUUGCUUCAGAAAGAAGGAGUUGAUAUUCACUUCGACGUCACAGUCACUGACAUAGUCAUGGAUCAAGAGCAAGGUUACCGGAGAAUAUCAGCUUUCAAAUGGAUCAAAGACGAAACAGAAACUAUUGUGACUGUUGGCAAACACAACAUUGUUAUUGCAACCCUUGGGUCCUCUGUAUCCGGGUCAACCAGCGGUACCAAUACAAAGCCACCCUGGUUGGAAUUACUGAAAGCAGAGGACAGAUUGGAUGAAAAUUGGUCGCUCUGGCUAGCAUUCGGUUCAACUUUAGGCGAUCCGUACAAUUUUUGUACGCGAGUGGAUGAAUCUCGAGUGGAAACCUUCACAACUACGUUUCAAAGCACUGAAUGCUUGGACCAUUUGAUCAAAUCAGUGAAGGCUGAGGUUGGUUCAAGAAAUUUAAUCGUCCUUCAAAAAAGCAAUUGGGCCAUCAACCUGCUUAUCCCAUGCCAACCGCUUUUCUCCCAUCAAUCCAGAGAUGUGAGCGUGAUUUGGGGCUAUUGUUCAACCCCUAAUAAUUUAGGAAAUUACGUGAAGAAAGCAAUGCUGAGUUGCUCUGGGCAAGAGAUUUUGGUUGAAUUAGCCGAGCAUCUCAAAAUACCCCGAGAGUUCAUGUUGAAUAAUUCGAUUAAUAUCCCGCGUGUGAUGCCUCGCUUAGCAGCACCCUUGUUGACUCGGGCUUCUGGAGAUCGUCCAAAGGUAAUACCAGAGAAAAUAACCAAUUUGGCAGUCGUUGGCCAGUUUGUCGAAAUACCAGAUGAGACUUGUGCGACUGUGGACUACAGCGUCUGCGGAGCCCACACCGCGGUGAAUCGGUUGGUUGGACUUCGAGAAGCGUAA